AUGGAACGUCUUGCAGACUCCGGACUCGCCACACCACAACUCAUCCAAUCCCGACGCCGCAAAAACACCAGCAGGCAAAUCAUGUGCGAGCUAUCAAUCCACGACUCAAUGAAAACGAAUGAUUUGCAGCAUCGAUCCACGCCCGAUAGUCUGAUGGCGGAGGCCCAUAUUCAAGGCUGUGGCCACCUGCUUGGAAAUGUCGCGGCGCUGAUUGGUCAGCUGCCACACCGCGGUCUGCGAGCCAAUCAGCAUCGACGCAAUCUGACCCAAGGCGAGUGUCAUCCGCCAGAUGCGGCGAGGCUGAAUUGGGAUGAGCUUCAG